UCCGCACGCCCCGCCCUCGUCGAUAGCAACCACCUCACGCACUCGAGAACCCGACAGAACGUGCCCCACAACUGUAUGCAUUACUUCACAUUGCUGGCUUCGAAGGCCGUUUCUCUGGAUGAACGAGGCACUAACUCUACGACGAACGUCGCGUCUGGUUCGCACUCGGAGUGCACGGACGAGGCACACACGAGUCUCAUUCGGCAGAUGAGACAUGCAAGGACAAGCGUCGCCAGGUGCGGAAGGCUUCUCACUCGCGGUUCCGGUCCCAGUUGACUCAAGAGACAUAUACAUAGACCUCGCUGUAUCGCUGGUCUGCGGGCUAGCAGGUUGUUCAAUGAGCGGCGCACGACUAGAUGAACCCUCUGGAGACAACCCGCCUUCGUCCUACCGACUACAAUUCCCCAUGCUACAUCAUCGCGCGUUUUUGCGCGGCCCCCUCCUCAUUUCCCCUCAGGCUUUUUCCCCUUCCCCUCAGGCUUUUUGCCGUCAGGCUUCUUCGCGUUCGCCACCCAGGUGUAGCUUUGAGCGGACGGGCGGCUCAUCUUCAUCACGUCGUGAGGUUGCCCAGCCUCCUUCGCCGCCUGCUUUUGUGCCCUCUCAUAUUUCGCCUGAUCAGCGUGCCAUUGCUUGCGGUCCUUUAUGUGAGCUUCCAUACUGGUGCCAUGCGUCCGUUGGGGGAACUUUCCUGGGGAUCGAGGGGGUUCCGCGCGUACGGAUAACUGUUCGCCAAAGUAAUCCCGAUCAAAGAGUACCUGCAGAUCGCCAAGAGCCCGCUCCGCAAGGUCAGCGUCGUCGCGGAAGCUACAGAGGGAAGGAGGUGUGCAUCAGUCGAACCGCUCAAGCUGACUCGGCGAAUGCGGAACAGUGCGUACGCAAUGUAGGAAACGGGGCGCGCUACGGCAGACGACGCGAGCAUCGCCGCGGAGACGAGAGGGAGGAUGGUUGAGACGCGCAUCUUGAAUGGAGACUCGAGGUGCAGUGGCUGGACGGCGGCUGAAGGUAGAGUGCGGGUACGUCGUGGUCGUGCGUCACGGUGCGGGUCGUUCAAUAAUCAAGCAAGGCUGCAUCGACAGCGGGCAGGUGAGAGAUACAUCGUCAGUACAGUCAUUGACAGAAUGCAUACAGAGUAACUCACCGGCCGGCGCACUCGCUGUCGAUGGGCUCCGAAUAAGGGUUGGAGCUGGGUGUGCAUUGCGGGUAUUCCGUCCUUAUAAAUGUUUGCGGCGGUGCUGCGAGCCGACUCGGAAGGAACGUUGAGGUGACUCCA